UUCGUCAAAACUUUCUAGCAAGUACCCUUGACUCGAUCCAACCCCAGAUUCAUGGUCCUUCUCUUCUAGGAAACCAUUAUUGCGCCAAGAAAGAAGUCAAAUUAUCCAUCAGCCUUAUCUUUCUAGUUGAAUUCCUACUAUAUAUAAACGCUGUGCUUCGCUUGAUUCCAAAAGUAGGUAUAAACAUGGCUAUGAUGCAGAGCUUCAACCUUUUCAAUCUAGAAAUGGGUUCUGCUGCCUCUGAAUUCUUCCCAUUUGAGUCUUCAUUCUGGUGGGAUGAUAACGUUUUUCUUGACGAUAGUGCAACUUCGAAAACCGAACAUGAGAGUGGGGAAUCCAAAGCCACAGAGUCAAUCAAAACAGGUUCUUGCAAAGGAGUUAGUCAUGAAGAAGAGGUCACCUCAAGCUUGAAAAAGAAAUCUAACAAGAAAGAAAAGAGUUACAUAGGAGUCCGGAAGCGUCCAUGGGGAAAAUAUGCAGCAGAAAUCAGGGAUUCAACAAGGCAUGGAUUGAGAGUUUGGCUUGGAACAUUUGACAGCCCGGAGGAAGCUGCUUUUGCCUAUGACCAAGCAGCAUUUUCACUGCGGGGUCCCAUGGCGUCCCUCAACUUUCCAGCUGAUCGAGUCCAAGAAUCACUUGAAGGGAUUAAGCACAAUUGGGAGAAUGGUUGCUCGCCAGCUGCUGUUCUCAAGGAAACACACAAGAUUAGAAGUCUGUCAAAACGCAGAAGAAAUCAAAAUAAAGACAUAAACCCAAAAAAAAUUGUUCUGGAGCUUGAAGACUUAGGAGCUGAUCUGCUGGAGGAGCUAUUAAGUUCAUCAUCUGAAAGUACAACAACAACUUAGGGAGUUUGCUUAUUUUGGUUUGCCUAAUUGUAUGUGAUUAUGUCCACAAAUCCCGCGUUUGCUUAUAGUUGUUGCUAUAAAAUGUAAUUCCAUCC